CAUAUAUAAAUAAGUAAACAAAUACUGCAACCUAGGUGUGAGCGAAAAAAUAUAAGUGUGCGAAUUCAUUGAUUUGAUCGACGCCACCAAUGAAUUGUUGUUGUUUUUUCGUAUAAAAUUGUUCGAUUCUUUGUUCCAUCUCUCUUCUCCUCUCUCUCUCUCUCUCUCUCUCUCUCUCUAGGUAGACAUCUGCAAGUUUCAGUUGAAUUUGAAUAAAGCAGGAGCUGGGGUUAGGGUUUUGCUCUUUCAAUUGAAUGGAGCCGCGCGUGGGGAAUAAGUUUCGAUUGGGGCGAAAAAUUGGGGGCGGAUCCUUUGGGGAGAUCUAUUUAGGUACUAACAUUCAGACGAAUGAAGAAGUUGCAAUUAAGCUCGAAAAUGUGAAGACAAAACAUCCCCAAUUAGUGUACGAGUCCAAGCUGUACAAAUUACUUCAAGGAGGAACUGGAAUUCCGAAUGUUAGAUGGUUUGGAGUCGAAGGAGACUACAAUGUUCUUGUGAUGGAUUUGUUAGGACCUAGUCUUGAAGACUUAUCCAACUUCUGUAGUAGAAAGCUUUCUUUAAAGACUGUUCUCAUGCUUGCCGAACAGAUGAUUAAUAGGGUUGAGUAUAUUCACUCUAAAUCUUUCCUGCAUCGCGAUAUUAAGCCGGACAACUUUCUCAUGGGUUUGGGAAAACGUGCUCAUCAGGUUUAUGCCAUAGAUUUUGGACUUGCCAAGAAAUACAGAGACUCCAAUACUCAUCAACACAUCCCUUAUAGAGAGAAUAAAAAUUUGACCGGGACAGCCAGAUAUGCAAGCAUGAAUACCCAUCUUGGCAUUGAACAAAGUCGGAGGGAUGAUCUAGAAUCACUUGGAUAUGUUCUCAUGUAUUUCCUAAGAGGAAGCCUUCCGUGGCAAGGGCUGAAAGCUGGAAGCAAGAAACAAAAGUACGAGAAAAUUAGGGAGAAAAAACUCUCAACCUCUAUUGAGGCUUUAUGCCGCGGCUAUCCUAGUGAGUUUGCGUCUUACUUCCAUUAUUGCCGUUCGCUUAGAUUUCAAGAUAAACCAGAUUACGCGUAUUUGAAGAAAAUUUUCCGGGACCUUUAUGUUCGAGAAGGUUUUCCGCCCGACAAUGUAUUUGACUGGACUAUUGUGAAAUAUCAGCGGCCAGAGCUUGCAACUGCUGCUGGAACAAGUUCAGGUGUGCCGAAUGCUAAUAUCGAAAAGCAGUCAGGUGGCAAUGAAGGCAAGGCCCCCGUUGGGUCUGGGAAUGCAACUCGAGGCAGAAGCUUCUUGAAUCCUGGAAGCUUCUUGAGAGAAAAAGGUCCAGUUGCAAAAGACAACACCGUGGCUAAAGAAGUAUCUAGUUCUAGUAUCUUCAGACAAGGUGGAUCUUCGAGGCAUCCCGAGAUUUCUGGCAAUGAGAACGACAAUUCUUACACACGUGCAACAGAUACUAGCUCAAGAACACUUGGUAAUAAUUCAAGUGUGGCACAAAGAAGUUUGGCGAUGACAUCAUCAGAUGUUAAGCCCUCGUCUUUUACUAAAAACCCUUCAAACACGAAGAGUCUCGAAUCUACAGUCAAAAGCAUGGCUAGCUUGAACCUUGGCCAUAAUGAAAGGAUGCAAUAAUUAAUUAAUAUUAAUUAAUUAAUGGCAAGCUACUCUUUUUUACCGUUGCAUUAUUAUUCACCUCUAAUUAUCGCAAUGCUUUUACAUAUUAGAUAGCUGCUAGAAGAGUUCCGUAUUAUGAUGCGAAUGCAGAUGCAAGAGCAUACAAUAAGAAAGUGACCGUAAAAUUCCCGAACAAAAACUAAUAUGCACUAUAGUCGAUAGUUUUAACUCUUUUAAUCACUCGUUUUUUAUGAGUUAAUGUUUGAUGUUUAUUGAAUUAUCUUCUCUUU